AUGAUCGAGAUCAUCCAGUUGCUGGGCACGAGCAGCCUGAUGGCACUGCCGGCCGAGGCGGGACUUGAAUCCGGCAUCGCCCCCGAGGUCAACCACUACUACCUGGCCACCGACUCCCACCAGCGCGUGGGACCGCUCCAGGCUCUUCCUCCACCUGGCCUGGGACGCGUCGUGCAGCUCGUUCAGCGGGCGGCAGGUGCUGUACGAGCGGAUGUUUGGCGGCAACCCGGUGCGCAACGCCAUGAUGCUGAUUCAACAACUACGACAAGGAACCCUUCCGCCAGAAGGUGCAGGCGUUCCUGGACUCGGACAACUGACCCGCAACACCCCACCGAAACAGGAGGAAUGAAGAUGUCGUACACACCGAAGCAUCUGGGGCACCUGGUAAUGCGGGUGCGGGACAUGGAACGCUCGCUGGACUUCUACACCCGCGUGAUGGGACUGACCAUCAUGGAGCGGUCGCCCAGCGGGACGGUGUUCAUGUCGGCCAACACCGAGAAGUCCCACGAGCUGGCCAUACGCGCCAUCGGGAUGGACGCCGCCGGCCCCGACCACAGCAUCGUCGGGCAGGCCCACAUGGCCUGGCAGAUGGAGACCUUCGAGGACCUGCAGGAGCUCUAUGACCGGCUCCUCGAGAACAGCGUCCGCAUCCAGCGCGUCAGCGACCACGGCGUCUCCCUGGGCGUCUACCUGCUGGACCCCGACGACAACGAGAUCGAGGUCUACUACGAGAUGCCCAGUUCCCAGUGGGAGCGCCAUCGAGAAGGGCCUCUUCGGCGGCGCCUUCCCCCUCAGCUCCGCGAACCGGCCGUAGCCGCCGACGACUGA